CUCCGAGCAAAGCAAACCCGCAGUAACAGUUUUGGAGACUGCAUUCCCCACUGCCAAGGAGACAGCUGAUUUGGGGUAGAGGAGUUUGUUUAGACCUAAACAAAUGAGGCUGUUUGGUUGACCAAACAAGAAAAGAAAGAAGGAAAGAAAGAAAGAAAGGAAGAAAGAAAGAAAGGAAGAGGGAAAAGAAAGAAGGAAGGAAAGAAAGAAAGAAAAAAGGGGGAUUCGUUGUUUUCAAACACUCUCCUAAUAGGGAGAAAAAAAAGAAUCUCAUGGAAACGUAUCACAUGAGGAGCUUUUGCUUCAGUUCCAAGCUGAGCCUGGGUCCACUCGGAAACCAGUUCUUAAAGCACACACAUUUUAGGCAAGCGUGUAGUUACUGUGUCAGUAACAGAGGACCUUUGCUAUUUGCCUGUUUUGGAUAUAAGAUAAAUUAAAAAAAAAAAGAUUGCAGGAGAUUUGAGUUAUUAUAUGACCAGGGCUCCGGUUUAGAGUUGGUGGCAUUCAAAGCUGGCUUUAGUCACAGUGUGAUGCUUGAAGCCUCCCAAAGGCCAAGUGUUUCCUUUCUUUCUUCUAUUUUUUUUUUUUCCUCUCUAAGCGUUACUUCACUGAGGCAGAGGGCUGCCUCGGAGUGACGUCAGGAGUUUGAGCAGCAAGCUGCACAGGAGAAGGGAGGCUGGGUGAGUGACAGCCCAGCCUACUUUUUAAUAGCUUUGUCAUGUGACUGGGGACUGUAGUAAGACAGGUGCCUUCAGUUCACUCUCAGUAAGGGGCUGGUUGCUUGCAUGAGUGUGUGCUGUGUGUCAGAGUGGAUUGGAGUUGAAAAAGCUUGACUGGCGUCAUUCAGGAGCUGGAUGGCUUGGGACAUGUGCAGCCAAGACUCUGUAUGGAGUGACAUAGAGUGUGCUGCCCUGGUUGGUGAGGACCAGCCUCUUUGCCCAGAUCUUCCUGAACUUGACCUUUCUGAACUUGAUGUGAAUGACUUGGACACGGACAGCUUUCUGGGUGGAUUGAAGUGGUGUAGUGACCAAUCAGAAAUCAUAUCCAACCAGUACAACAAUGAGCCCGCGAACAUAUUUGAGGGCACCUGUUAUUCAAACAAAGAAUCUGGAAAGUUUGAGAGGUCUAGAAGAUCUGGGUUUGUGCAAAAUUACCUUACAAAGGAGAACAUGUUUAAGAAGAUAGAUGAAGAGAAUGAGGCAAACUUGCUAGCGGUCCUCACAGAGACACUGGACAGUCUCCCGGUGGAUGAAGACGGAUUGCCCUCAUUUGAUGCACUGACAGAUGGAGACGUGACCACUGACAACGAGGCCAGUCCUUCCUCCAUGCCUGACGGCACCCCUCCCCCUCAGGAGGCAGAAGAGCCGUCUCUACUUAAGAAGCUCUUACUGGCGCCAGCCAACACUCAGCUCAGCUACAAUGAAUGCAGCGGUCUUAGCACUCAGAACCAUGCAAACCACACCCACAGGAUCAGAACAAACCCUGCCAUUGUUAAGACCGAGAAUUCAUGGAGCAAUAAAGCAAAGAGCAUUUGUCAACAGCAAAAGCCACAAAGACGUCCCUGCUCAGAGCUUCUCAAGUAUCUGACCACAAACGAUGACCCUCCUCACACCAAACCCACAGAGAACAGAAACAGCAGCAGAGACAAAUGUGCUUCCAAAAAGAAGUCCCAUACACAACCGCAGUCGCAACAUGCUCAAGCCAAACCAACAACUUUAUCUCUUCCUCUGACCCCAGAGUCACCAAAUGACCCCAAGGGUUCCCCAUUUGAGAACAAGACUAUUGAGCGAACCUUAAGUGUGGAACUCUCUGGAACUGCAGGCCUAACUCCUCCCACGACUCCUCCUCAUAAAGCCAACCAAGAUAACCCUUUCAAGGCUUCGCCAAAGCUGAAGCCCUCUUGCAAGACCGUGGUGCCACCACCAACAAAGAGGGCCCGGUACAGUGAGUGUUCUGGUACCCAAGGCAGCCACUCCACCAAGAAAGGGCCGGAGCAAUCUGAGUUAUACGCGCAACUCAGCAAGUCCUCAGUGCUCAGCCGAGGACACGAGGAAAGGAAGACUAAACGGCCCAGUCUACGGCUGUUUGGUGAUCAUGACUACUGUCAGUCAGUCAAUUCCAAAACGGAUAUACUCAUUAACAUAUCACAGGAGCUCCAAGACUCUAGACAACUAGACUUCAAAGAUGCCUCCUGUGACUGGCAGGGGCACAUCUGUUCUUCCACAGAUUCAGGCCAGUGCUACCUGAGAGAGACUUUGGAGGCCAGCAAGCAGGUCUCUCCUUGCAGCACCAGAAAACAGCUCCAAGACCAGGAAAUCCGAGCUGAGCUGAACAAGCACUUCGGUCAUCCCAGUCAAGCUGUUUUUGACGACAAAGUAGACAAGACCAGUGAACUACGGGAUGGCGACUUCAGUAAUGAACAAUUCUCUAAACUACCUGUGUUUAUAAAUUCAGGACUAGCCAUGGAUGGCCUAUUUGAUGACAGUGAAGAUGAAAAUGAUAAACUGAGCUACCCUUGGGAUGGCACGCAGUCCUAUUCAUUGUUCGAUGUGUCGCCUUCUUGCUCUUCCUUUAACUCUCCGUGUCGAGAUUCAGUGUCACCACCGAAAUCCUUAUUUUCUCAAAGACCCCAAAGGAUGCGCUCUCGUUCGAGAUCCUUUUCUCGACACAGGUCGUGUUCCCGAUCACCAUAUUCCAGGUCAAGAUCAAGGUCCCCAGGCAGUAGAUCCUCUUCAAGAUCCUGUUACUACUAUGAAUCAAGCCACUACAGACACCGCACACAUCGCAAUUCUCCCUUGUAUGUGAGAUCACGUUCAAGGUCACCCUACAGCCGUAGGCCCAGGUAUGACAGCUAUGAAGCCAAUGAGCACGAAAGGCUGAAGAGGGACGAAUACCGCAGAGAGUAUGAGAAGCGAGAGUCUGAAAGGGCCAAGCAGAGAGAGAGGCAGAAGCAGAAAGCAAUUGAAGAGCACCGUGUGAUUUACGUUGGUAAAAUCAGACCUGACACAACGCGGACAGAACUGAGAGACCGCUUUGAAGUUUUUGGUGAAAUUGAGGAAUGCACCGUAAAUCUGCGGGAUGAUGGAUUCAAACUCAGACGAUUUUGACCCUGCUUCCACCAAGAGCAAGUAUGACUCUCUGGAUUUUGAUAGUUUACUGAAGGAAGCUCAGAGAAGCUUGCGCAGGUAACGUGUUCCCAGGCCGAGGAUGACAGAGAGAUGGUCAAUACCUCACGGGACAGCGUGUCCUUUCCCAAGACUCUUGCAAGUCAUACUUAGGAAUUUCUCCUACUCUACACUCUCUGUACAAAAAUAAAGCAAAACAACAACAACUACAACAACAAGAACAACAACAACAACAACCAUACCAGAACAAGAACAAGAACAACAAUGGUUUACAUGAACACAGCUGCUGAAGAGGCGAGAGACAGAAUGAUAAUCCAGUAAGCACACGUUUAUUCACGGGUGUCAGCUUUGCUUUCCCUGAAGGCUCUUGGUGACAGUGUGUGUGUGUUUGUGUGUGUGUGUGUGUGUGUGUGUGUGUGUGUGUGUGGUGUGUACUUGUUUGAGAAGUACAUGUGUACACAUGUGAGGACCUGGGGGCACCUGACCAGAACGAACAAGGGCGAACCCCUUCAAAUGGCAGCAUUUCCAUGAAGACACACUUAAAACCUACAACUUCAAAAUGUUCAUAUUCUAUACAAAAGGAAAAUAGAUAAAUAUCAAUUCAAAGGAAAGAAAACUCACAGACCACCCUAAAAUGACACUGCUGAUGCCUGUUGUCAGCCUCCUCCGGUAUCGUCUUUUCAGAAAGUGCAAAACCCAGAAAGUGCAAAACCGACCUGCAGCAAGCUCUCUCUUAAUGUAAUGAUUAUGUGACAAUCCCGAAGACACUACAGGUUCCAUAGAACUCAUAUCUCUCUCUCUCUCUCUCUCUCUCUCUCUCUCUCUCUCUCUCUCUCUCUCUC